CCGGGAUGCACUUGAAAUUGCUGUGGCUACUGAACGGGGGAAGGGAAGCUGAGAUUGGAGGGAGAAACAAUCAGAAACUCAGAUACUGUUUGCCUCCUCCUUUGGAGUUGGGCCUUACAAGAACUUUUCUACAUGACCCACACCGUAAUACCUUCUUGGCUUCUCCGCUGCAGCUGAGCUCACACAACAACCCGGCUUUUGACAAACUGCCUUUGUUCUGGGUGCCAGAAUCAUGACGGUUCUUGGACGGGGAGAGCCCAGCCCUGAGAAGCAGCAGCAUCAUGCAGCUUCGGUUUGCCUGUGGUGGGGCUGAGCUGCGGAGGAGAGGAAGGAGGCAGGGUUUCAUGACACAACGCGCUGAUUCUGAGAAGAUCUCGUCGACCUGCAUACGCACAUUCCCCCACGAUCGAGGCCUGUGAAACCACCCAAACUCGGCUGCAGACAAGAAAAGAAAAGGAAAAAGAAAAAACGAGAUGAUCCAGACAAUAUGGAUCGCAGUGACGUUUCUGUGAAGUCCGGCUGUUGACAUGAAGAUCUCUGCGCAUGCGAGGAGAAAAUGAGAAAAGUGUAGAUAGACUUUGAAUCCCUCCAGGUGUGCACUACAGAAACCAUGCUAGUGUUUGCCCCGACUGCCCAGCCCAUCUCCGUUCAUGACUUCGGAAGCCUUUAGAGGCCACGAUCGGGAGCAACAUUAACAGUCAACACGAUUACGUGCAAUGGAAGAAAACAUUGAUGUCACAUCACACACAGAGGGUCUGAAUGGUUUGUCACAUGAACGGAAGCCUGUAGAGGACAUCACCAAUGGACAUUCCACCUACAAGCCUGUCAUUAAUGGAGUGGCCAAAGGUCACAAUGGGAAAGACCACACCAACGGCAGCGCACCUUUCAGAUCUCUGCCGAUUUCAGCACUGAAGCAAAAUGGCAUUCUGCAGAACCUGACAGCAGGUGGAGACAAGCCCAGUCCCACAGAGGAGCAGGAAGACGCUGAUCUGGAAAAGGCCAGGCAGGAGUGGGAGGCGCUAGAAAACAUCCAACCAGCUCUAACUGAGGACUCAAACCCAACCCCGCUCAUCUCCUUCAAUGAAGCUCUGCAGUACUUCCAGACCACAGACCUUGGAGACUUGCUGAAAAACAUCCAGCCAACUAUUCGCAGGACUGGUCUGGCUGCGAUCGCACACUUCCUGUUCGGACCGCCGCGAUUGCACAGGGAGCUCCUGGAGGAGAGGGAUCUUGUCUUUGCCAUUGCACAGUGUCCUGUGGAUAACAGCCAAACAGUCCACAUGCGUGUCCUGCAGACCAUACAUAAAAGGCUGAUUGGAACCAGGCUGGACUGUCCUCGCUACGGUCCACACUGGGAAAACAUUGGCUUUCAGGGUACAGACCCGGCCACUGACCUGCGUGGCACUGGGUUUCUUGGACUGAUGCACACUCUGUACUUUGUGAUGGACCCAGAAACUCUGCCGUUGGCGAGAGAUAUCUACAAGCUGUCGCAGCAUCCUACACAGAACUUCCCAUUCUGUGUGAUGUCAAUCAACAUGACCCGCAUUGCUUUGCAAGUCCUGAGAGAGGAGGCCCUGUCCAAGGAGUGCAAUCGUCGUCAGCAAGUGGUCGGUGUGCUCAAUGAGUUUUACGUUGCCACAUUUCUCUACAUCUACCAGCUGUGGAAGACCCAACAGAAGACAAUUGCUGACUCUGGCUUCGUGCUAAAAGAAGUGGAGCUGUUUGCCAAAAAGAACCCCAAGCAGAUGCUGCGCCGACUAGAGGUCUUCCUGAAGGAAAGGCAGGCGGGUGGGGUCCCCCGUGGGAUGUCACCGGACCCUCAGGCCCAACAGCCCUCUCCCAGCUUGGGGGGCUCCAGAGCUGGGAUGGGGCAGGGAAGCAGGGGAAAAGAGAUGCACUUCACCGGAGUGUGUGACCUCCCACCGGACAUGGAGGGAGAGGCCAGACUUAUCUAAACUAGAGUCAUUGUGUGUGUAUGUGUGUGCAUGAGAGCUAUCCUGUCCAUGAGUAAGUCCAACACUCGUAAGUGUGAAUGGCUCAGUCAAAGCAAGAACAGCUCGGCAGUCGCUGAUCCGAGGUCUGCUACCCGGAUCGACUCGCACACUAUUCUUCCUACAAUGCUGGGGUGCUGCACUUUGAUCAGAUUAAGAUUGGUGAUCCUUCAGGGUUAUAUAUGGUUAUUGUUUUUAAUUUAUUCUUUAAACUUGAGACGUAGGUCUGUCAUAUGUAUAAAAAAAAUCUUUAAUGUAAGAUGUCAUUUUAAAAAAAAAGAGCAAAAGGAAGUGAAUAUUUGCACUUUUCCGUAGUUGUCGUAGCCAAAAUAACAGCUGCCAAAUUCCUUUUAUUAAACUUGUCUAGAAGUCCAAAAUGUACAUGUUUAUGUCUCAAGGGUUCUAAGCAAGGAAUCAUGCAGCAGGAGAGCAGCGGCGUUUAAACCCAAACUGGGUUGAAGAUGGUGUGCUACUAUGCUGAGGAAUAAAACAAGAAACCCAGAGAGGUUUUCGAGUUCUUUCGGCAGCGAUCAGAAAUCAUUUGUAGACCGUGUUUAUAGAAACCUUAGGCUCGAUCUGAAGGUGGAAUCGUUUUGCGCCAGGUGACUGAAACACGAGUGGACGUACAGUCUGUAUGCAUGGAAGUAAAACCAGUCGAAAAAGAUCAACUGCAUUCAGGUUUAGCGAAUUACCCUUAAAAUGGACUUUUAAAUAUUACUUUUAAAGACGGCCAUCUUAAGAACAUUUGUCUGUUUGAUUCCGACUUCCCAGUUGUGCAUAAAAGCAAGUCAGACAGACAUCUUAGUAAACAGCAGAAGUCUUCUACCAGAACAUACAUGAGUCGUCUCACUUCUUAACUUCUUGCAAAUACAGGAAAGAAGAUUUUUUUUUGGUGUGGGUGUCAGAGUCUUAGGCCUGGGCCUGAAUGAGAUAGCCAUGGUAUGAUAAACUUAAGUAAAAAAAAAAAAAAUACCAUGAUAAUAUAUCAGGGUGUUGACCCCAAAAACUCAAAACAAAAAAAGUCUUAAAGAUGACAUAAUUUCAUUACAGUCUAUUGUCAGAACAGAAAAGUCAGUUAAUCUUACUUAAAGCAGCACUACCUACUUUCCACGCCAUAGUUUUUCUUGUUUUUUAAAGAAACUACAUCCAAACAUUCAAAAUUGUCUUUCUCGUAAAAAAAAAGUGCAGUAGCCUUCUUUUAGCCGGCUGACUGGCAGUGUGCAGCAACUUGUGGAGGGGGCAGCGGCGCAAUAGUUUGCUCCUUAAAGCCAGAGAAACCUCCAAUCACGCUGCACGUUUUACUUAAAGGACUUUAAACCUUAUAAAUGAUGCGAUGGAUGUCCUUUUGCGGUUUUGACAACAGAACUUUGGGGAACCUUGGUAUACCUUGAUGCUAUAGCCAGCCCAUGCCUAGAGUGUGCGCUCGCUCCCAGACGUAGCCAAGAGUCUGAUCUGAACUUUCUCUACAUUCCGUUAUGAAGCAUGUGAUUGUAAUUUUCUUCUUCCCUUCUUUUUUUCUGAUCAAUUGUUCCUUGUGUGUGUGGAUGUGUGUGUGUGGUGAACUAACUGAUCUGAUGCUGAUGAAGGGUGCCUCUUCUAGGAGAUGUAUGGUACAGUAUGCAAUCCUUGCUCUUUCUCUAUGAUAAUCAAAAACACUAGUGCUGUAUGAUGAUAGAAAUCGUUCCUAAUUUCAGGGUUUGUGCACUCGUGCAAGCGAAUGUGUGUGUGUGUGAGUCAUAUGAGGAACCAACUACAGAUGACGGGGGGUGAAGGAAGGGAAGGUUUCUUUCUUUUGCACACAUUAGGCUGGCUUUACCGAGCCCCUGGAUCCACUAAGCUGCAGAGCUGGUACUGCAGUCAGGCUUAAAAUGGUACAUUACGUUAAGACGAAAUGUCAUCGAGCAAAUAAUUUAUUGUUCUGCUCUAAGCAGGUUGGUGAAGCUGGUCCAGUUCGUAUGCUUUUAGAACCCACCUCCCGUCAUGGUAGUCUCAAUCUGUAGCAUGUUCAGGUAGCUCUAGUACUGUAGCAUCCUAUAGCCUCCUCCUCUUCGUACAGCUUGUUGAUGUCACGUCUCGGUUCCAGUCCGUAGUGUCGAUGAGUGUGCAAACCGUUACUACUAUAGCACACGCAUUUCAUAGCUUUCUUCAGCCUCCUCAGUCAGCAUGUCAAGUGUUCUGAUGGGAUGCAGGACGUCGGCGUUGAGCUCAAACUUGUCUCCGGAGGUGGCGAUGGUAGACUUGGCACCUUAUGGCAGGGGAAAUGAGUCCUGAACCUCGGCACCAACCGUUUCCUCGGUAAAGAGAACUGUUGACACACAGUUCAGCUCUAUCCUGGUAGCAACCACAGUGAGUCACACAUAUAAAGAAAUCAAAACACAGUAAUACAUGAAUUUUAUUAGGUUUUAUUUUUUUUUAAUGUGGAAUGACACGGGGAGUAGACAUUGAAUAUGCCAAUUAGAAAUCAUAAAAUAAAUGGCAAAAAAAAAAAACAACCUAUGUCAGGAAGAUGUCUCCUGAAUGGAGAAACUAGUUGGACGCAUUGCUCCAAAUCUUAAAAGGUUGUUCAUGCACUCUGAUUCAGCUCAUAGAUUUUAAUUGGCUUCAAGUUAAGCUUUGUUUAUUUCCCCCCCAUCCCCCUCAUUCCUACUUGAGGUUCUUAUCAAGAAAGUCCACUUUGGGAGGGCAUUGUGUACUUAAAAUGUUGUCUUAAUAUUUUUAUGCCAUUUAUAGCAACAACAAUAAAAAUAUAAUACAAAUAAGACAGCUCUUAUAAAUUUGUUUCCAGGAGAUUUUUCAUUUUAUUCAUGUACUCGAGGCCUAUUCCCUGUGUCAUUAUUACACAUGUCUUAAUUUAUGGACUUGUUUGUUUUGAUUUCCUUCUAUUUAUUUAUUACUGGGGUUGUUACCAGAAUUUCCUUUUGCUGUACAUCCACUGGAUCCAGUCAGAUUGUCCUCGCUUCCCUGUUUUCUCUUUGAUUUCAAGCCACCGUGUCAAAUUAGACCUCCCACUUUCAGACGAUGCAACAUGAUGCCUGCCGACAUUGUGGAGUACUUUGAUACGCUGGCAUCUAUACGUCUUUUUAACAUCUCUAAGCUGUUCUUCGCCAUUUCCUGUUCCCAUUGGUAUAACUUAAAGAACAAGCUCAUGUAGUUUGCCAGUUGUCCGAUGGGUGCGGGGUGUUUUGGAGGUGGGAAUCGACUGAUGAGGAAAAUUUGCACUGUUGUAGAUAUUUGAUAAGUGUGCGUGACGUAUGCAAGAGGAAGCGGGCCAUCUUCAAUAGCCAUAUUGUGAUGUUCGUUUUAACCGCCCGGCCCAUGAAACGGGCUCCGUGAAGUCGGACUCCCUCCCCCCCGCCUCAUUCUGAAGUGAACCGCACCAUCGCCAUGGUUUGUUUAGUUCGAAGACAUUUUUAAGCUGACGAGCAGUGCAGUGUAUGUAAAUCAGGAAGUUUGUACAUAGAGAAUUAAUGAUUGUAACUGUAUGAUUGUCUGUAGGGCAUUAUACUGAAACACAUUGCUUACCUCAAGACUUGAGACAAAUCUUUCUUUCUCUUUUUCUCUCUCUCUUUCACUCUCUCUCCCGUUGUUCGGCCUCCCUCUCAGGCUCAUUUUGCUUCCUUCUACUUUGGCCUAUUUUCAUACCCAAUUGGAAACAUUAUAUAAUUUAUACUCGGCACCUAAAUAUAUUAGCCAUUUAACACAAAAGCUGGUCAAUGUUAUAUGUAUUCUAUUUACAGACACUAUAUAGGCCCAGAUGCUCUGAUGCACACCUGCGGUUAAAAAGCUCCUUGUCAAGACAAGCUUUAAUUGGCCAAUGUCGUUGAAAUAAGCUGGUUUUCUUGUGGCUUCAGUGAUAGUACAGUAUACUUUGGCUGUGAUUAGGUGUUUGAUGUGAAGAAAACACUGGGGGUGGGAGGAGAAACAAAAAUCCUGUCUCUUUCAGCACCAGUCACAAACGUUUUAAUAUAUGAUUGUAAAAAAAAAACCUCAAUAUAAGCUUCAAUUAGCAGUCAUAAUGCUGUGUAUGCUUUGACAUUGGUAUAUAUUCGGUGUCCAAACAAAAGGCCAGAUUUAUCCAGAUUACCAAAACCGUUUUAGUCAUCGUAACACAUUAUAUUCUUUAUGCUUUUACCAUGGUCUUUUCUGUUCCUUUAUUUGAGAAACAAACAAACAAACAAAAAAAAACGGGUUCUUGCAGGAUGUCGGAUGCUCUGAGAGCCGGGGUCGGGACUUCUGCGUAGUACAGCGGUGGCUCGGCAAAUACAAUCACUUCUCUCAAUAUCCUGUUCUUUAAUAUGGAGAUGUUUUACUGUUGCCGUAGACUUCAUGUCCCUCAGAGCAUUGUAUGACUAUUCUUUGAUUGUAGAAGCCCUAUUUUAUACUGAGAGUUAUUUCAGAAUACAGUAUGUGCUGUUAAACAUUAAAUGUAUUGUAUGGAGAAAGCUAAAUAAAUGCUGUUUAAAAAGUA